AUGUUGGAAUCCUUGCCCCCAUUGAAAUCUCUCUGCCUGCUAGGCGGAUAUGCGCCCGCAUUACUCACCCGUGGUAAAGUGCUUCGCAAGCAUGGACCGACACUCCUCGAAUUGGAAUUACAUCGGGCAUCGCCUUCGACGCAAAAGAUAGACCUGUAUGAGCUUGCCCUAGGCAAAGGAAUUGGUCCAGUUUUCUCGGUCAAUGAUAUUUUGGACCUCAGCCGCCAGCUUCCAUUGCUCAAGAAGCUGCAAAUCUGUGUUCAGCGCCGCCGUGGCCUUGAGGGAGCCGUGUACACAGCCCUAGGACAGUUCACAUGUCUGGAGGAGCUAGAACUAGUUCUCAACUGCCUUCCGGAGAUGAACAGUCUCAGCCACCCGGUCCCGCCGCGUGAGUUGACAGAUUUCGAAAUGGCUCGAAUCUGGCAUAGUUCUGUGCUAGGUGGGUGGCCCAGAUGGUACAUGCGUGAUUUGAUGAUCAAUUGUCGAAACGGGAAUUGCCUACAACGUCUGACGAUCCACCCUUUGUAUGGCCAGUUGGGAGAGUAUUCCAGAUACUUCUAUUAUGAAGACUGUAAAAAGGUUAAGGAGGAAGGCUUUCUAGACCAAAAGGCCCCGACGUGGGUAGUUGAGCCAGAUCUUCUGACAGGGCUACGAGCCCAGAAGUGUAUUAAGCCAAGGCGUGACUUAAGCGACCUGGCAGAUGAAGAAGAUAGCACAUUGAUCCCUGUACAGGAAGUGGGUGGCGUAUUUGCCAUGGAAGAGGAAAAAGACGUUCAAACCGUCUUUCAGUCCCUCUGGCCCACAGAGGAUAUCAGUGCUUGGCCACUUUAUUAG